CUUGUCUUGUGACAGAUUUAGGUUUUUGGGUCUCUUUCCAUUUGUGCAGCUCCUAAGGGAAGGCAGUGAACAAUCAGUGAACCUUGGGGCCCCUCGGGGUGCAGGCCUUCCGGUCUCUCACAGAGGGGCCCACUGCGGCAGAGGGUGAAGGACUUGUCCCUGGAGGUAGUGAGAUGUGUCUCCUUGCAGCAGGCUGGAUCAGGAACUCUCCAAAGGCCUAACCUCGUGUCUGCCACCGGCUCCCAGGGCCUUGUGUUCUUUCUCUUUCCAGCUGCAGGAGGGAGCCGGAGGCUAUAAGGAGAAGCCUGGAGCCCCUCAGAUCUGCAAGCUGCUUCCAGUCUGGGUUCUGUCCAACUCCCAACAGCAAGUGCACCCGUGAUGGAGUACAUGAGCACUGGAAGCGACAACAAAGAAGAAAUCGACUUACUGAUGAAGCAUCUCAGUGUGUCCGAUGUCAUAGACAUCAUGGAGGAUCUGUACGGGAGCCAAGAACCGGCUGUGUACGAGCCCAGCCUCCUGACCGUGUGUCCGGACGGUAAUGAGAACGAGGAGCGGGCGGACUCUCUGCUGCUCAGCGGCCAGGAGGGGCCGUGGCUGUCCACGGUCAGGUACGGCACGGUGGAUGACCUGCUGGCGUUCGCAAACCACAUCUCCAAUUCGGCAAAGCGUUUUUACAGCAGUCGGCCCCAGGAAUCUGGAGUUUUAUUAAACAUGGUCAUCACUCCUCAGAACGGACGCUACCAGAUCGACUCGGACGUGCUGCUCGUCCCCUGGAAGUUCACUUACAGGAAUAUUGGCUCCAAUUUUGUGCCGCGUGGGGCCUUUGGCAAAGUGUACUUGGCCCAAGAUAUAAAGACAAAGAAGAGAAUGGCGUGUAAGCUGAUCCCGGUGGAUCAAUUCAAGCCGUCCGAUGUGGAGAUCCAAGCGUGCUUCCGGCACGAGAACAUCGCCGAGUUGUAUGGCGCCGUCCUGUGGGGCGAGACAGUGCACCUGUUCAUGGAAGCUGGUGAGGGAGGCUCCGUGCUGGAGAAGCUGGAGAGCUGUGGCCCCAUGCGGGAAUUCGAGAUCAUCUGGGUCACCAAGCACGUGCUCAAGGGGCUGGACUUCCUGCACUCCAAGAAGGUGAUCCACCACGACAUUAAACCUAGCAACAUUGUUUUCAUGUCCACGAAAGCUGUUCUGGUGGAUUUUGGCCUCAGCGUUCAGAUGACCGAAGAUAUCUAUUUUCCCAAGGACCUCCGGGGGACAGAGAUCUACAUGAGCCCGGAAGUGAUCCUGUGCCGGGGCCACUCCACAAAGGCAGACAUCUACAGCCUGGGCGCCACGCUUAUCCACAUGCAGACGGGCACGCCGCCCUGGGUGAAGCGCUACCCCCGCUCAGCCUACCCCUCUUACCUGUACAUAAUCCACAAGCAGGCUCCUCCCUUAGAAGAUAUCGCCGAUGAUUGCAGCCCGGGCCUGCGAGCGCUGAUGCAAGCUGCAUUAGCCAGGAACCCUGGCCACCGUCCAUGCGCUGCUGACCUGCUGAAGCAUGAGGCUCUGAACCCACCUCCGGAGGACCAACCACGCUGCCAGAGCCUGGACUCGGCCCUGCUUGAGCGCAAGAGGCUGCUGAGCCGGAAGGAGCUGGAGCUGCCUGAGAACAUCGCGGAUGCUUCAUCAUGCACGGGAAGCACGGAGGAGUCGGAUGUGCUGAGGAGACAGCGUUCCCUCUACAUCGACCUUGGUGCCCUGGCCGGCUAUUUCAACCUUGUGCGGGGUCCCCCAACGCUGGAAUACGGCUGAUGACUGGUGCCGGUGU